AGUUAGUCUAACGUGAUCACCUGUCCGCCAAAAGUACGAGUAAAGAAAGUCUAUUUCUCUUGUUCUUGCUUCUGGAAGAAACUCAAGUAAACUUUCGACCGGAAAAUGGAUGGGACAGCAAUGGUCAACUCUGUGUGGAGAACGCUGCUGUGGGCUGCGGUCUCCACGGUCUGCGUCGUUUCAGCUAGUGGGCACUCGAGGAAUGCGGACCACUUUGGAGCCAUAUUCAAAACAAGCCUCCUAGACAGGGACGGCCUUCUACCUCCCUCAAGCGAUUACGAGAUUCUUCCCGAGUUCGCCGAACCCGUUCCGAAUGUGAGCGCUAUUGUCGGCCGCACGGUGAAGCUGCCUUGCGUCGUCAACAACUUGGGACAAUACAGGGUUGCGUGGCUGCGAGUGGAGAGCAAGACGAUCCUGACGAUCCACAAGAGCGUGAUCACGCAGAACUACCGCGUCCACCUGAGCGCCUCGGACCGCACGUGGCUGUUGGUCAUCGACAACGUCCAGGAGUCGGACCGGGGGGGAUACAUGUGCCAGGUCAACACGGGGCCCAUGCGCAGUCAAGUCGGAUAUCUCGACGUGCUCGUGCCCCCCGACAUUGAGGACAGCGAGAGCAGCUCGGACGUUCUGGUACGGGAAGGGUCCAACGUGACGAUCGUGUGCCGAGCCAAGGGAUACCCGGCGCCUCGCAUCACCUGGCGACGGGAGGACGGAUCGCCCAUAGCCGUGGGAAACUGGCAGGAGCAGCUGGGGUCUGCCGCAGACAACGUAUCCUACGAAGGUGAAGAACUGAGCAUCACCAAGGUGAGCCGUCUCCACAUGGGGCCCUACUUGUGCAUCGCAUCGAAUGGCGUCCCGUCACCCGUGAGCCGCAGAAUCCUGCUUCAAGUACACUUUCCGCCGAUGAUCUGGAUUCCAAACCAACUCAUUGGGGCCCCCCUCGGUGGUGAAGUGGUGAUGGUUUGCAAUACGGAGGCGUAUCCGAUAUCGAUCAACUACUGGACUCUGGAGAGCGGCGACCUCAUCGCCGAGUCUGCGAAGUAUUCGCUCAACCGCACCGAGAACGUGUACAAGGUCCACAUGAGGCUGCACAUUCGUCGCAUCGGACCCGAGGAUUUCGGCGCAUACCGAUGCUUUGCCAAGAACUCGCUCGGCUCCACGGAGGGUUCCAUACGACUCUACUGGUGA